AAAUACAUUAAGAAUUGAUCUAUAUGUUAAUUUUUUAUGAAACCUUUUAAUAUCCUUGGAUUACUCUAAAAAAACAUUUGCUGUGUAAGACUGUAACGGUGUAACUGUAACCCUAAACCAUUCACCCUCACGGCCUCACCCAUACACACACAUGGGAGUUGGGAGAUGACUAGCCAGCCACUAUAAACUGCAGCCCCCAAUUUCUCCGUCGGCCAGAGGGUGUCGCGCUGCUGGCGUCUCCCUCUCCGAGCUCACUCUCUUUCACCGUCACAAACGUCACUCUUCUCGCCCGCCUCCCUCUCCUUGGCUCCUUGCUUGCUUCUUCGGCGUCGUCGACGGUAAACCUUUGAACAUUGAACCCAUCACUCGACUGGUUCACCAACCGUUCGGUUCUCGCAACUUCUACGCGAUGAUGGAUUCUUGUGAAGGAGCAAGGAAGGGGAUUGAAGAGGUAAAAUUGAAGGACGGGGAAAAUGUUUCUGCACAACAUGAAUCGUGUCAGUUGCCUAUCACGUGCUUCACCGAAAUCGUGAACGAUGCCAGCCUCCAUUUUCAGAUUAUACAGUUUCCAAAACAGAUAUAUGUGUGGGUUGGUUACACCUCUGCCAAAUUGGGGAACUUGUAUGCAGCUGCUCACACUCGCCCUAACAAUAAUGUAUCAAUAACUUCGUUAAUGGGAGGGACUUCUGAUAACACUGGCUCUGGUCUUGCUUGCCGCUUAGUUCUGAAGACUGGUCUCAAUGUCAUUUUGGCUUGCAAUAUUCCCAAAAAUAGCCCUAUGAUUGAGGCUGAAGCUGAGAAAAUAUUGGUUCAGAAACUCAAUAGUAUGGGUUAUGGCAUGUCUUGAUUGGAGGAACUUGUAGCAUUAGCGUUGCUUGCAAAACAUUGGUACAUUAACUCUCAAUGCCCUGUGGCGCUAUACCCUUGCUAGAUUGGAAGAAAUUUCUGUGUACAUUGUACUUUUAUAUAUGUAAGUUCUUGACAAUUAGAUCAGUUACUCUUUUAAGAUUGUUGCUGCAUUUGAUAUCAACUGGCUACAGAUUUUGCAAUUUGACUACUUAUAGCUACUUGGAAUGUUUCAUAUGUAAUUUCUUGAUUCAAGAAAGAAGUGACAGAAGAAAUUCAGGGCCAAAACAUUGUUACAUCAUUUGUAUUGUAUCUGAAAAUCAGCAAAAUUUCCUUGAGUGAAAGAGAGUAGAUAAGUAAAUUGGAUA